AUGGUCAACAGCGGCGGUGGCGGUCUAGAGUCGCAGCCUCUGAAACGGAUGUUACCGCAACUUCAGACAAUGUGGACAGAGUUUAAAUGGAUUGUUACUCUAUUUGUUUUGACAGUAUUUAUGUCUCUAGUUCUCUACCAUUCGGGGUCACUUGCUCAACCAAUGCUGUCGCAAGUUCCAAACUCUCUUGCGUUUGUGCAACCGCCGAUAGAAGCCAAACACGAAAUGAGUUACACGGAUACCAUUGAUGCAGAAGAUAGGCGAAAUUUGGCGAGAAUCUUGGAGGAAGCAUCAAUGAAUGACACGAAGACAGUGAUAGUGACAUUAAUGAACCAGGCUUGGGCGGAGCCAAAUUCUACAUUCGAUUUGUUUCUGGAGGGCUUUCGAAUUGGCGAUGGGACGGAGAGGCUUCUCCGUCACGUUGUGGUGGACAUGGAUACGCUUUGGCUUCGAGACCCAUUUCCUCGAUUAGAUAUGGAUGUAGAUUUUCAGGUCGCCUGCGAUUUCUUCUUCAAUGGGAAUUUCACCGACAGGCACAAUGCAGCCAAUGGCGGAUUCAAAAUGGUCAUGGCAAACCAAAGAACAAUCGAUUUCUACAACUAUUGGUACGAGUCCAGACUAAGGUUCCGUGGAAGAAAUGAGCAAGACGUUCUUAACUGGAUCAAAGGCGAUCAAUACGUUAAGAAACUCGAGCUCACAAUGAGGUUUAUCGAUACAACCAAUGUUGGAAAUUUCUGCCAAAGAAACUGGGAUAUUACCAAAGUCUGCGUAAUGCAUGGGAAUUGCUGCAUUGGAUUGGGAAAUAAAAUUAGGGAUUUAAGACAAGUUAUUGAGGAUUGGAAGAAUUAUUUUAAAAUAGCGGCCAGCUCUAGGCCGAUGAAACAGACGUCGCUGCAGCUUCAAGCGAAGUGUAGAGAGCUUAAAUGGGUUGUUUCUCUAUUUGUUUUAACAUUCCUGUCUCUAGUUGUCUACCAUUUUACUUCACUUGUUCAGCCACAACCUCUACCGCUCCCGCAGAUUUCAAGCUUUUAUUCGUUUGUGCCGCCUCUGAUCGCAGCCAAACAAAACUCUAACAACACGGAUAACUUUGAGACACAAGAUGGUAAAAAUUUGGAAAGAAUCUUAAGGGAAGCAUCGACGGCGGAGAAGACCGUGAUAGUGACGAUGAUGAAUCAGGCUUAUGCGGAUCUAAACUCAACAUUUGAUGUGUUUCUCGAGGGCUUUUUCGUUGGUAAUGGCACAGAGAAGCUGCUCCGUCACGUGCUCGUGGUGUGUUUGGACGAGAAAUCUUACUCACAUUGCGUGGAGGUCUUUCCUAACCGUUGUUUCUUGCUGAGGACUACCGGAACUGAUUUCUCAGGCGAGAGGCUGUUCAUGGUGGGGGGUUAUCACGAGAUGAUGUGGCGCCAAACCGAGUUCUUGGGUUCUUUGCUUAAGCUCGGAUAUAACUUCCUCUACACGGACAUGGAUACAGUGUGGCUUCGAGAUCCAUUUCCUCGAUUAAUUCCGGAUGUAGAUUUUCAAAUCGCUUGCGACCGCUUCAACGGAAAUUCCAGCGACAUCCGCAAUUAUGCCAAUGGAGGAUUCAAAUUUGUCGUGGCGAACCACAGAACAAUCGAGUUCUACAAGUAUUGGUAUGAGUCCAGACUAAGAUACCCUGGGAAUAAUGUGCAGGACGUAAUUAACAAGAUCAAAGGCAACCAAUACCUCACUAAAAUCGGGCUCAAAAUGAGGUUUAUCGACACCACACACGUUGGAAAUUUCUGCCAACAAAACUGGAAUAUUACCAAAGUUUGCGUAAUGCAUGGGAACUGUUGCAUUGGACAGGAUAAUAAGUUGAAGGAUUUAAGACAAGUUCUUGAGGAUUGGAACACUUAUUAUAUUAUUGGAAACCGGACAAUAGAGUUUCGCCAGCCGAUGAAUUGCUGGAGAAGUCAAAGGCGAAGGUAUAGUAAAAAGUUAGGUUAA